AUGGACCACAGCUUCAGAAUUCAGUACAACAAAGAUAGGAAUAACUUAUUGUCCACAACCCCAGGACUCUGUACAGCACUAACCACAACCCCAGGACUCUGUACACUAACCACAACUCCAGGACUCUGUACAGCACUAACCACAACCCCAGGACUCUGUACAGCACAACCCCAGGACUCUGUACAGCACAACCCCAGGACUCUGUACAGCACUAACCACAACCCCAGGACUCUGUACAGCACUAACCACAACCCCAGGACUCUGUACAGCACUAACCACAACCCCAGGACUCUGUACAGCACUAACCACAACCCCAGGACUCUGUACAGCACUAACCACAACCCCAGGACUCUGUACAGCACUAACCACAACCCCAGGACUAUGUACACUAACCACAACCCCAGGACUCUGUACACUAACCACAACCCCAGGACUCUGUACAGCACUAACCACAACCCCAGGACUCUGCACACACUAACAACAACCCCAGGACUCUGUACAGCACUAACCACAACCCCAGGACUAUGUACACUAACCACAACUCCAGGACUCUGUACACUAACCACAACCCCAGGAUUCUUUACAGCACUAACCACAACCCCAGGACUCUGUACAACACUAACCACAACCCCAGGACUCUGUACAGCACUUAACCACAACCCAGGACUCUGUACAGCACUUAACCACAACCCCAGGACUCUGUACAGCACAAACCCAGGACUCUGUACACUAACCACAACCCCAGGACUCUGUACAGCACUAACCACAACCCCAGGACUCUGUACAGCACUAACCACAACCCCAGGACUCUGUACAGCACUAACCACAACCCCAGGACUCUGUACAGCACUAACCACAACCCCAGGACUAUGUACACUAACCACAACCCCAGGACUCUGUACACUAACCACAACCCUAGGACUCUGUACAGCACUAACCACAACCCCAGGACUCUGCACAGCACUUAACCACAACCCAGGACUCUGUACAGCACUAACCACAACCCCAGGACUCUGUACAGCACUAACCACAACCCAGGACUCUGUACACUAA